AAGGUUAGCUAAGGAUAUAGAGUGCCGCUGUUUUUUUGCGAACCGUGGGACACCGGAGCUUGCCCGCGGUCAGAAAACGAAGAAUUUACAAGCAAUGGUUUUGAACUGGGGCAAAGGAAGGGAGCCCCCGGAGAGCUUCUAAUAAGAAGCCGGUCUAUAAAGGUGUAAAAAACGGGACUUGUUCUGAAGGGUUUAUAGUGUGCCCGAUCCCAAACCCAAUUCCGUUCCCCUCCACCCCGCCUUCGAUACUACCGCCGCGCAGUUAUUCUUUGGUUCCAAUGGCAGCCGUGGUGGCGGCUCCUGUCCGUGGCCGUCCUACGCGGUUGGAGGACGACAACCUGGUAUUCGAGACAACCCCGGGCGUUGAGGCCAUUACGAGCUUCGAUCAGAUGGGGAUCCGUGAUGAUCUCCUUCGUGGGAUCUACGCCUACGGCUUUGAGAAACCCUCGGCGAUCCAGCAGAGGGCCAUCAUGCCCAUAGUGAGCGGCCGCGAUGUUAUAGCCCAGGCUCAGUCUGGGACCGGCAAGACCUCAAUGAUCGCCCUCUCCGUCUGCCAGAUGGUCGACACAUCCACACGAGAAGUGCAGGCAUUGAUUCUAUCUCCUACAAGAGAGCUUGCUGCCCAGACUGAGAAAGUCAUAUUAGCAAUCGGUGAUUACAUAAAUGUGCAAGCUCAUGCUUGUAUUGGUGGAAAGAGCAUAGGAGAGGAUAUCAGAAAACUGGAAUAUGGAGUUCAUGCAGUCUCAGGAACUCCUGGAAGAGUUUGUGACAUGAUCAAGAGACGGACCUUAAGGACAAGAUCAAUUAAAUUGCUAAUUCUUGACGAAUCAGAUGAGAUGUUGAGCAGAGGUUUUAAGGAUCAAAUAUAUGAUGUUUACAGAUAUCUUCCUCCAGAUCUACAGGUUGUUCUGAUAUCUGCUACACUUCCUCAUGAAAUUUUGGAAAUAACUAGCAAGUUCAUGACGGACCCUGUGAGAAUACUUGUCAAGCGUGAUGAACUAACGCUUGAGGGUAUCAAGCAAUUCUUUGUUGCUGUUGAGAGGGAGGAGUGGAAAUUUGAUACUCUGUGUGAUCUCUAUGACACCCUUACUAUCACCCAAGCUGUUAUUUUCUGCAAUACUAAAAGAAAGGUUGAUUGGCUGACAGAAAAGAUGAGAAGUAAUAACUUCACGGUGUCUUCCAUGCAUGGUGACAUGCCUCAGAAAGAAAGGGAUGCAAUUAUGUUAGAGUUCAGGUCAGGUGCAACUCGUGUGUUAAUUACAACCGAUGUAUGGGCUCGAGGCAUUCAGCAGGUGUCCCUUGUGAUAAAUUAUGAUCUUCCAAAUAAUCGUGAGCUGUAUAUACAUCGCAUCGGCCGUUCCGGUCGAUUUGGGCGCAAGGGUGUUGCCAUUAACUUUGUGCGCAAGGAUGACAUCAAGAUUCUGAGAGAUAUUGAACAGUAUUACAGUACUCAAAUCGAUGAAAUGCCUAUGAAUGUAGCUGACCUUAUUUGAAGAUUUUUAGAUUAUUAUGAAAUUUUUGAACUAGAUUGUUUUGUCUGAGUGUGGAAAUUACAAUUGGCACAUUAAUCUUGCGUGUUCUGUAAAACUACUUGCUUGCUGGCUGCAUAAUAGAUUAUAAUGUUCUAUUUUACCAAA